AUGGCUACUCACAAGACUAUGAUCUGCUCGCUCGUUCUUAUACUUGUUGGUAUAAUACUUCUGGCUUCCAACCACCAUUAUGUGUUGCUUCCUACUCCACGCAAAGUUUCAGUCUCUAGUGGCUCUGACCAGAGCGGUGUCAAGCCUCGUUACAUAUUUGUCGACCUCGGAGCCAACGCUGCAGAUUCACUUGAAGUGUUUCUCGGUCAUGAUGGUGCCAAGUACUCCUACGACUUUCCACGGCCCGAAUGGGCAACAUACGAGCAGGCUGAUAUAUACCUCUUCGAAGCAAACCCACAUUUCAAUCGUGCCCUAGUCAAAGCCAAGGAGCGGUACAGUGCCAUAGGAAUGAAUAUCAAUAUUUUCCCAUCAACAGUGGUCGACAUUCGAGACGGCACGAGGACAUUUUUCCUCGACACAAUUAAUGACGCCAACGAUUUCUGGGGCUCUUCGAUCUACGCUAACCACCCGGAUGCAAUCGGCUCGAAAAGCAAUGGCACUGAGCUCACUUCCAUAAACAUCUCACGGUGGCUGCUGAUGAACACUCUUCCCCGUGACUUUGUAGUUGUCAAGAUGGACAUCGAGGGUGCUGAGUACGAGAUCGUCCCACAUAUGGCCGAGAUGGGUGUGUCACUAGUCAUGGAUUACUUGCUGAUUGAAUGGCAUAGCCAUGUUCCGGAAGAUAUUGAUCUAAGUGAUACGAGAGCAAAGGCAGCGAUGGAAAGGCUCAAAGCUGGAGGUGUAAAUAUGCCCGAAUAUGACUCUGCAUCAUGA